AUGAAACCGACUACGACGAGACAGCUUGCGGCGGGUUACCUGAUCGUCGCAAUCCUCGCAAGCCUCGUUCUGCAAGGACUGGCUGCUCGGAGGGUUCUCCAAGAAAUCCCAGGAAUGCGGGUGGGCAAGGUGACAGUAGGGGGAGUGCUGCCUUAUCACAUCCGCCCGUGGCAUCGCGGCGUGCAGUGGGACUGGAAGCCGCCCCGGCUGUUCCCCAACUACGUUCUGUUGUUUCGUUGGGUCAGCCCUCUGACUCACGACGUGCGUCUCUUCGAGUCCGAAGCCAAAUGGAAAGCCUGCGAUUUCUCCGGCUCGAAACUCAUCUUCCCGUACUCGCCGGUGGGGUGGAUGCUGUAUUUUAUCAAACCAGACAUGGUCGGAACGACUCUCUACUUCGGAAGCAGCUUCAUUGGGGACUGCCAGGCGGGAUUGAAGGUCAAGAUGACUGUCUAUGCUUAUCCUAAAUCCUGGGGGGGAAAUAGCAUUAAUAGUGGGAGCGGGAAUAGCACUAGCACUGGUACAGCUGAGGCUGUUGUUGGGGGGGGAGCCUGA